AUGGAGGGAAAUUCUUCAAGAGGAAAAACUGCCAUGCAAGAGAAGGAAGAAGUAAAAUUCCGUGGCGUUAGGAGGCGGCCGUGGGGGAAAUUCGCGGCGGAGAUACGUAAUCCAGCGAAGCCGGGUUCCCGACUGUGGCUCGGAACGUUCGACACGGCUGAGGCAGCGGCUAGGGCUUAUGAUAAGGCAGCAUUUAAGCUAAGAGGACAUCUUGCUACUUUGAAUUUCCCUAAUGAGUAUUAUAAUAAGCUCCCUUGUCCUCCUUUAUAUUAUCGUAACUCAAAUUGUUCAUCAACAAAUGUUACAAAUAUUAAUCCUAGAGGAUGCUUUGAGAAAGAAAAUUCAUCAUCAUCAACAGGUAAAGCUAGAGAUAUUAUUGAGCUUGAGUGUCUUGAUAAUAGUGUUCUUGAAGAGCUUCUUGGUGCUGAAGAUCCAAAAACAAAAAGGAAAUAUGGUUAA